AUGGCCGCCACAGAUCCCCCGUGCAUGCUGGCAAAGUGUCUUGAUGAGGCCCUGGCAGCACCUUGCAACCAAGAACGUUUCCAAGCCCUGCAGAUGCUGGAGGUGCCAGUGCCGGAGCUACUCCGCUGCGGCCCACAGCGGCUGCUGGACAAUCCGGAGGUGCGGGCUGCCUCCACGAAGCUGCGCCAGAUCUGGCUUUCAUCGUUUUAUCGGGAUUUGGUGCAACUGCGGCGCUACGCUGUCGAGGUUCUUUGCAGUCUUGGCUUCGGUCGAGAUCUGGCGAAGGAGCUGGAAGCAGCCCUCUACGUUCAGCUGCCUGCAGAGCGGGUGUCCGAGUUCUGCUGCGAGCGGAUGGAGGAGUCGCUUCACGUCCGGCGCUGCCGUGCCUUUGCGACUGUGAGGAGCGCAAAGCGUCGGCGCACGGGGACUUCGGCGAAGCAAGCCGGCGAGCUGCGCAGCUUGAUCCCACCGCCGGAUGCCUGGCAGGUCCCGAAGCAAGUGCACAAGGAGGCACCCAGGGCCUCUGCAGCCGUCAAUGCAGAGGAGCCUGUGCCAGAGGCGUCUGGAGCAGCGCCGGAGAAUUUGGAGGCGCUCUUCGGCGAUGGGGCUCAGCUCGACAGCGAUGUUGAGGACCAGAUUGAGGAAUUCGAGGAGGAGGAUCGGAUCGAGGACUUCGACGACAGCAGGGCAGCUGUCGAAGAGCAGGCCGUACCGGAAGGCCUGGCCGCGGAGGAGGUGAUCCAGGAUCCGCUUGGCAGCGACAUGCCAAUGAUGACGAACACAUCUGGAGAGUUGGAUGAAGGUUGGCACUUCUGCGCCGGAGCAGAGUUCUGGCUGCGAGGCGCGGGCCCUGCUGUGAUGCAAGAUGCAGACGCUGCUGAAGCUGCGGAAAGUGGACGCCCUGACUUCGUGACUGCGUGCGAUGCUCCGCGAGAACCUGAUCCCAAGAAGCCUGUGCAGGUGGAGCCGGAUCCUUCUGGAACAGAAGCCGCCACACGGAGGCGAGCCGAUUCUGGCGAGGUUCUGGCGGAAAUUGCGCGAAUCUUGCAGGUGCCAGAGGCCCAGCCCGAAUGGGGGGUGGAGGCUCUCGGCCUCUCGAAAGUACCGGAGGGCGCCGAGGUUGCUCUGAGAGCCGCAGCGAAGGCCUUUCGCUGCAUGGCGCGCAAGAUUCACCCGGAUGGUCGCCAGGGUCUGAGCGAAGAGGACGAGCAGCGCAGCCAUGAGGCUUUGGCAAAGCUUCAGCGGGCACGUCGCUCGGUGCAUCGCCUUGCUGGCUGCGUGCCCUUCAAGCCCCCUCGUCGGCCGGAGAAGCUGGAGUGCUAUGCAGUUGGCCCAGCGCACUGGAGAUUCACUUGGAAGACAGCUCCCAUGGAGAGCGGCCGUCCCGUGUCCCACUACGAAGUUCGGGUGGAGGACGGCGGCUUCUUUGUGACUGUGGCCGAGGUCGACCCAGCCGCUGCAACCGGUGUGCUCGAACUUAAAGAGGAUCAGUUGAGCAACCGCAUCCGCUCCUGCUUGCAGACGAAGGGCUCCCUGCGUGCGAAGCUCGCCGCCGUGGGGCGCGGGGGGUCUGCGAACAGCGAGGAGGUCGUGAUCUCCCUACAGCACGCGGAAGCGCGAGAAGGUGCUCAGCUACCGCCGUGCAUGGGUGCCAAGCGCAAAUUGAAAGAUGUCUUCUGGUGA